AGCGUUUGACAAAGCCAAGCGCAGCCGUUGCCUUCGAAGUGACAUGAUUCCGACUGUUCAGAAUGUUAAUGACCCAAAAUGAUUAUUUGUCAAUUGUGGCACCCAUGCGAAACGAAAGCGUGACAAGACAAUGAAUGGUCACAAUACACGCAGACGCAUGCUGUUUAGCAGCGAAUGUUGUAAACAGCUGCGGGAGAGUGUGUGUAAGUGUGGUACAUUAGUAAUGUAAUACAUAACACAUGGCUGUAAUUAGUUAUGAACUAGUUGAUGCUGGUUACUGCGGUCCGUUUGCAUCUAUGUUUACACUAAGGCGACAUUAUCACUUUAUUAAUUCCACGUCGAUCCUUGAGUUCAUCAUUUAAUUUAGACGUUGGAAUUUCAAGUAUUCUUUCGUUGAUUUAGUCACUUGUUCAAUGGAAUUUCAAUCAAUCAAGCCCGUUUAUUUUGAUUUGAUUAGGUUCAAUUCCGAAGUUUGAUUUUAUUGGAUUCGCACCAAAUCAAUGAAUCAUUUCAAAUGAUUUGAAAAUGUUUUCGUACAAAACAACAACGCCUUCUAAGGUGUAUAGCUAUUUUAGAUUCCAAGGUCAUCUCAUACGUGAAAUUGGGCUAUGAUAAAAAACCACUCAUGUGUCCAAAGAAAAAUCAAUAAGCGAGAAUUGUUCCAGUUUGAAAGCUGUUUUUGGCAAAUGUUUUAAUUUGAAGCAACAUUCAGGCAAUGGAACUGAUUGCGACCUCUAGUUUAGAGCGUUUGAAUUAAUUUGAAAUGGCAAACACAAUAUCAUAUUGUCAAUAUGUGCAAUAAGUUUCUUGAGUUUGAAAAGACAACGGUAGAAUAUGCGUCAAGAGAUUCUUUCAAAGACUUUCGAACGGUCCAUUUUCACCGUUGUAGGUUUACUUUUACUAAAUUUUCACAUGGGCUACGGUUCAAAGAGUCUGUGAUUCAGAUUCUGAAUUUCCGAAUCAUAGACUAAGUCUUAGUUACUAAGAAAAUCAAUGAUUCAUUGAACUAAUAGUCUCCAAUUGGAUACCAUUAGUUGGCUCUAUGUGGCGGCGAUGAACUUCACCAACAAAUCGACUGUGGAACCAGUGUCAAUAUAACCAAUAUCAACAAAUUUUGUAAAAUUGCUCUCACCAGAUCAGGCAAGUGAGUUCAAGGGAUUUAUGCUCGUUAUUACGGAGAGGUACUCGUUACACGUUGAAAGUUUUCAACCAUGGCAUUUUUUUCUCAAUUACAUUGGAAUGAAGGUAUUUAUUAAAGUUUUCGUGUGGGUUCUAAAUGGAAAAGUGGAAUUUGACUUUAAAAACAAGUGGGUUGUCAAAGAUGUACAAAUUCCAACGUCGAGUGUAAUAAACGUAAAUUAAAAAUUGUUUAUCUUACGGGAAAAAAACAAUUGAAAUUGUUGUUCUUUUGACUCUUUUCUGUUGAAAUUCGUUAUUCUUUUCUACGCAAACAAAAUCCAUUCACAGAAAAUUUGUUUUCCUUCUUCAAGUGAACGACCUAAUGUUUUUUGGUUGAUUUGAUGCAAAAUUCCCAUGAAAUGUGAUAAGAUAAGAUAAAACGUUCAGUCGAUGCGCGAACACGUCAAAUAAUGAUGACGUUUGCUCUAAAAAUGUGUAAAAAUGCAUAAAUUUGAUUAUAAAUAAUCGGAAGCGCACACAUUAUAAAGCAUAUGAUCGCAACCGGUUUUACAGAUCGUUGCGGAAUUUCCGUCCAUGCGGACAGUGCCGUUAAAGCGGCGAUCGCCAAAGCAACGUUCACCUUGUUCAGUCGCAAUUCGGCAUUGAACCAAGUGUCAAGUGCAUGUGCAUUUAGUGUUUUUUAUUAUAUUUCUCGCUUUAUGGGCAUAACACCUUCAGUUUUUUUCUCUCGCAAACACCAAAAAACUUGAAAAAAAACAUAACUUUUUAAGUGUUUGAAAUUGAGUUUCAAAUUCUGAAUGAAAAGUAACAAAAAAUAUGAAACAAAACACCGGUUUGAAUUUGAAAUAAGAAUUUUCGAGCUUAAAUUCCCGCAAUUUGAAGUGCAAAUGAAUUGAAAGUGAAGUGCACUACUUUUUCGGCCCAAGUUCAAGGUCAUUUCAUCAAAAAUACGUAUUUUUGAAUGUAAAACCAAGAGUUUAUUUUCGAAAUCAUUUCUUUGAGCGGUGACUUCAUUUCAUUGGCGAAAUUUCAUUCAAAAUCGAGAAAAUGGAAGCCGGUCAGCUGAGCAGCUGUUUGAAUUGGAAAUGCACCGGCAAAGAUAUGUGCUGCAUAGCAAUUGCAUUUGGUUUCGGGUUUAUCGCAUUUUUUGCCAUUGUGUCUUUGCAUUUUUUUGUUACGGACACCAAAUUGGAAAUCAAAAUUUUCUUCAUUCUUUUGAUCCACAUAUUUUAUUUAGCGGCUUCAAUUCUGUGGCUUAUUGGAACAAUUAAGAACAAAACUUAUUAUUUGCUAGCGGCACUCGUUUGGUUUGGUAUUUCAUUGAACUUAACAAUCGGUCUCGUGUUUUACGGUAUAUUUCUGAAGACAUCGCCCGAUUCCAUUUGCUAUCCGUAUUAUUUGCGUGAUCUACAAAUUUUCGCCGCAACAGCGUUCUUCGUGGCUUUUUACUUUGUUAUUAUUAUGAUAUACAUAUCAAUGAGUAGAGUUAAUCAAACAUCGGCACCAAAGAGUUUUGCGUAUGUUACUGCCUGGAAUUUUGAUUGGGAAGUUGCCGGAACAGCCGUUGGAUAUAUGAUUAUAGUGCUCAGCAUUGGACAACCGUCAUUUUUUGUCUUCUUUAAUUUAUUCUCGGAAACGAGAACUUGCGUUGUUGUUACUGUGAUUUUUGUUUUCAAUCUCUUGAUGACCAUCCACUGGCUCUAUGGCAUUGCUCUAAGACACACGGGAUUUAUGUUCACCGCGGUCGUUUGGUAUCUGCUCGUCCUGACUCUCUGGUUAUAUGUCACAAUCUACACCAUAUACGAUCGAAUGUCCAAAGGCAAAGCAUUGUAUCAACCUCGUGAUCAUUCUCUUUAUGCAGUGACAGCCAUUGGCAUUAUUUUAUAUUCCAUCGCUGUGACGAGCUACGAGUCAAUGAAGAGAGAAAAUCGACGAAGAAUACAAGAAAUUCAACGGUUCGAUCAAGUGUUUAUGUUGGCGCCCACUGACCAUAAAGAAUUCGAAGUCUAAAAUUGGUGAUCGUUAGUAGCGGUGCGCUGCCAUAUAUAUGCCAAUGCCGAAUAAAUGAAUAAGCAAUAAUGUCUAAAAUACAAUCGCGAUAACAUCUCCAUCAUUCUCUCAUCAUCAUCAUCAUCGUCUUAAAAUAAGUAUCUGCGUCUGGCGAUAAAUUCCAAAAAUACGCAAAAAUACAGUGUCGGCUAUUUCAUUCCUUUCUCACUUUCGUAUUCGCAUUGGGCUUGUUCUUAGGAGGAAAAGACCAGAAAAACAACAUGUAAGAAUCGCAUUCGCAUAUAACGACGCGCAAAGAGAAGGAAAAAAAGUCAUUUGUUUAUGUGUGCCAUAAAAACACAUGUUUAUAGCCGGAGCUGCGGUCGGUUGUCAUGUAAAUCAACAAUGUAUGCACAGUGUGCUAUAAUCAGUAUCUCAACGGUUGUGGAAGCAGACACAGUGCUUUGUUCAUUUGUCGCGCGUUAAGCGCUGUUUGCCCUUCAAUUAAGUUUUCUUAUCGUGUUUUUUAUUUAUCGUGUGAAGAAGAACAGCAUUUUAUGCAGUUUUGCAAACGAGCAGAAUUCAACGCAUAAACAAUACAACAAAUUAAAAAGAAAAUAAAAAAAACAAACGUUUGACUCAAGUCAUCAAAAUGUGUUAUUGUAUUCAUUUGAAUUGUAUUCAAAAAUGACGUUUUCUUGAAGCUAGAAAGCGAUUCGAAACCACAAAGCAAUUUAGAACGAGAAAGUGAUUCAAAUUUAGAACUACAAAGUGAAUAAAAAGUGCAUUCAAUCAUCAAAAUUUUGCAUUUCAAAGUUGUUGUGAAUAGAAGUCUCCGACGUUUCCAGUUGAAAUUGUGUUCAAAGUGCGAAAUUCUCUUAGUUCACAAUGGAAAAGAACAAAUCAAAACUCUUUGCAAAUUGGAAAAUGACGGAAAAAGUGGCGAUUCUUCUUGGAAUCGUGUUUAGCAUUGGAUUCGUUGCAUUUUUCGCACUGUUAUGCUCAUCAAAUGACAUGAGCUAUGUUCGAAUUGAACAAUUUUACGUACUUACAAUCAGUUAUGCAGUGGCUCUGAGCUUGUGGUCAUACGGAAUAAUAGUCAAAAAUAAAAAAAAAUUCAUUAACCCAGCAAAUGCUGGGUUGGUUCUUUGGGCGGUGCCUUUAAAUCUCUGGACUGGUGCCAUUAUUUUUGAAAUAUUUGAAAAAAUGUUCUACCACAGUAAUCUAUAUGCGUAUCAUAUUCGAGACAUUUCAAUUUUCAUCACAACAGCAAUGUUUGUCAUCUUCUUUUUCAUUAUUUUGCUGAGCUAUAGAGCAAUAAAUAGACAUGAAUUACGGAUGAACGGAUCCAAUGACAUUCGAUUGUAUAUUACAAAUGGUACGUUUGAUUGGAAAGUCACGGCGAUGGCUGCUAAUUGGCUUAUAAUGGCUUUUAGCGUCGGUCAAACCGCAUUUUUUCUCUUCAGAGUGUUUCCAGAAACAACAGAGACUUUUUUGUUUGCAAUUUUCUUGAUAUUUGCCUUCAAUGUAGCCGCUUCUAUAUCAUGGCUCCAUGGCAUUUUUUCCAACAAAGUCGGUCGAAUGCUAGCUUCAUUGUUAUGGUGGCUAAUGCUUCUCUGUCUGUGGAUCAUUUUCGUUUUUUUCAUCAAAGAUGACGGGCGCAUUAUGAACAAUCAACGGCGAAAAAAUAUACUACACGGUUUAACAGCUUUUUGUAUUAUCGUGUAUUUUGUCGCUGUUAUGAGCUAUACAUCGAUUAAACGAUCCAUCCACACGAAAAGACUAGAUGUGGCGUACACAGUGGCAUCGACAGCAAAUCGAGAAUUUUAUAUCUAGUACAGACUUUCCAUUGCAGAAUAUCUGGAAUCAGACUUUGGAUUUUGAUUCACAUUUGGAAAUUAAAUUGAUAAUCUAUCAUAUAGCUAGCUCCUAGGCUACCUCAUCGUUCGAUUUAAAAACAUUCUCAUAUUUUAUGAGCAUAUCGUGCAUUAACAACGAUUAAAAGCAUUCAACGAUCUUUUUUGCACUAUGCAUGUGCAAAUUACACAAAAUGUAUGUGAUAAUAUUCGAAGAUUCACUUCGAAAAUCCACAAAAUUAAGUUACCCAUUCGAAUUGAAUGGAUUUUUUACAUUAUUUAUUCAAUAUUGGCAUAGUAUCUUAAACGAAUUUUAGUGAUUUUUCGUUGGCUAAAUUUAGGUAAAUGUUAUGGAAUUUUUUAGUAAGUUUUUCACGGGACCAGAAUCUCGGUUUAAUUAAGUUGAAAACAAUCAUCGCAAAAUUAUGAAAUGAGAAAAUAAAAAACAAUAGCAAUUUAAAGAAGAAGAAAAAUCCAACCUCUCCUACCAAAUAACGCUUAAUCGUAGAAAUGUUUAAGUUAUAAAUAACUAUUGUUAAAGAAAUCUCUUGAAUAGUGAAUAAAAAUUGAAAAUUCGAAAGUGAA